CUCCCAGUAACAUCCAAACAACAACCUCCAAUACGCGAAUCCGGACACGCUGCUUUCCACCACUUUCCACCAACUCUUUCGACCAUCAACACCACCGAUUGUAGCUGAAACAUCCCAAGAACCAAACUCGCACCAAUGUCUACCCAAAUGAACGCGGGAAUCCCGCUUUCCCACGCGCCCGACGGCGUAGGCUACAAACUCCUCGAACUUCCCCCAGAGCUAGUUGAACUUUUGGAAUCGGAAAAUCCGCCCACUCUAACCCUCCACCCCUCCCCCACCGCCGCCCUCCUCAAAACCACCAUCAACGGGCUUCCCAAGACUUACUCCCUUCGACAAAAGAACACUUCCAACGGGCUCAUUCUUUUAUCUCCAUUUACUACCAUUACUACUACUCAAACUGCACGACCACAACCACAAUCACAAUCACGGCCAGAUAAUAAACAGACAACAACAACAACAACAACAGAACCGGGAGACGAGAUGGACAUAGAACAAGAACAAGAACAACGACAACAACAAGAAGAAAGAGAAGAUGAAAAAGGGAUGGAGAUACCAAUCCCAGGCCUCCGAACAUUAAGCACACUCCAUGAGACGAUCGAGUUAGUUCCCGAAGCGGAAGGCGCUAGUGCGCCGGCUGUGAAGGCGAGGGGGAAGUGGCAUGAGAAGUUUGCACGGGGGCGUUAAAACAGGUGAUUGUCCAUGGUUUGGUGGAUGUCUUUGUGACAUAUUUGGUGGGAAGGAAAUAGUGGUGGUGGUGUGUUUUGAGAAAGAUCUGUGAUACCCUGGGAUUUUUGAAAAAAAAAAAAAAAAAAAAAAAAAAAAAAAAAAAAAAGGUCAAGAACGAGAUGUUCUGGUUCGAGUCAAGGGCUGGAAACGAUUGGUUGUUGAAGUCGCUAGUUGAAUAUUGGUAACUGCCCUUCUUCAGUUGCUGAAGUUGAUGGACAUGUCUAUCCGUUACCACUCUAUUGAGGGGUUUUUUUUCUGAGAAAGUCUAAUCGUACGGUCAACAUUGUCUAUCCGUACGGAGAUGAAAA